CACUCCAACCAAAAUCAUCGUCGAAGAGAAAAGGGAAUCAAACAUCUGUUUCGAUUUCAUUCUAAAUGGCGAGCAGCGGCGGAGAAGAAAUAAAGUUCAGCGCGGUGGUGCGCAUGUUGGAGUUGAUGCAGAGGAGCAAGCGGGAGAAGAAGAAGAAGCCGAAGCAGACCUACUUCCGGAAGUUUCUGGACAAUUACUGCCGGAAACCUCAGGACUACUUCGCCUCAAUGCGGCUGAUCCUCCCCCGCCUCGACCGCGACCGCGGCUCCUACGGCCUCAAGGAGCAGGUGCUCGCCACCUGCAUCAUCGACGCCAUUGGCAUGUCCCGCGACUCCGACGACGCCCGCCUCCUCCUCAACUGGCGCAAGGCCGGCCCUAGGGCGGGUCUCAAUGCCGGAAAUUUCUCCCUCGUGGCUGCCGAGGUACUAGAACGUAGACAGGGAGUUUCUUCUGCUGGGCUAACAAUAAAAGAAUUAAAUCACUUCCUCGAUUCCUUAGCUUCAAGUGCUAACAGAUCUGAGAAGACUGCCAUUCUUUCUGAUCUCAUUAGGAGAACGAAUGCCAAUGAAAUGAAGUGGAUUAUUAUGAUAAUUCUCAAAGAUCUUAAGGUGGGAAUUGGUGAAAAAAGCAUUUUUCAUGACUUCCAUCCGGAUGCAGAAGACUUGUUCAAUGUUACGUGUGAUUUAAAACUUGUUUGUGAAAAGUUGAGAGAUAGAAGUCAACGACAUAAGCGCCAGGAUAUUGAAGUUGGAAAAGCUGUGCGGCCUCAAUUAGCUCUCAGGGCCAACACUGCUGAUGUUGCAUGGAAGAGGGUUCUCUUAUGUUUCUUUACUUUUUCUAGUGCUCACCAGAUAACUGUUUACUUUCCAUGAGUCUAAAUUCCAUUUGCUUAACUCCUUGCCCCUCACAAAUGAAUAGCUCCGUGGGAAAGAGUUUGUUCUUGAGUGCAAGUUUGAUGGGGACCGCAUUCAAAUUCAUAAAAACAAAGAUGAGAUUCACUUCUUCUCAAGAAAUUUUUUUGAUCAUCUAGAGUAUGUACAUGGAAUGUCAGAGAUCAUUGUACAGAAUAUUCUUGUUGAGAAGUGUAUACUUGAUGGUGAAAUGUUAGUUUGGGACAGAUCUGCUAAUCGUUUUGCUGAGUUUGGUUCAAAUCAAGAAAUUGCAAAGGCUGCAAGGGAAGGUCUUGACAGUGAUAGGCAGUUGUGCUGUAUCCUUUAAUCAUUUUGUAUGAUAUGUUCUCUCAAGGCUGUUCAAAGAGGGAUCAUCUUUUUUACCCGUGUCAUUCACCAGAGUUUGAAGGAACGACACGAGCUUCUUCGUAAGGUUGUGAAGCCUGUGAAAGGUAGCUUAGAAAUUUUGGUUCCUAAUGGUGGACUUAAUGUUCAUCGUGCUCCUGGCGAGCCAUGCUGGUCAUUCAUUGGUCAUAGUCUUGAUGACAUUGAGAAGUUUUUUAAAGCAACUACUGAAAACAGGGAUGAGGGGAUAGUAUUGAAAGACCUCAAUUCAAAAUGGGAUCCUGGCGAUAGGAAGGGAAAUUGGCAAAAAAUGAAACCUGAUUAUGUUCGGCCAGAAACUGAUUUGGAUGUUCUUAUAAUUGGAGGUUAUUAUGGAUCUGGACGUCAUGGUGGGAAGGUAGCUCAAUUUCUGGUGGGUCUUGCAGAGCGCCCUUCUCCAGGCACUUACCCAAGACGAUUCAUUUCUUUCUGCAGAGUGGGCACAGGACUCUCAGAUGAAGAGCUUGAUGCUGUUGUGACCAGAUUAAAACCCUAUUUCAGGUGGUGUUUUAUCAAACACUAUUCAUACUCUUGCACUCAGGCCAUUGUUGUUUAUACACUUUUCCAAUCAAAGUUAUUUUUAUGAAGUGGAUCUAUUUUUUGCAUCUUAUUUAAUUUCCCUUUUGAAACUGUGUUGAUCAAUGAGCUUCACCAACCUUUUUUCUUAUACAGACUACCUAUUACUUGUUCAGCCCCUCUUUAAUCUUAUCACUCUCCUCUUUGAUCAGUCCCUAAUUAAUCUUCUCAUUUCUCUUCAAAGAGCGACUUGUGGGGUUG